CCCCCCCCCCCAACCCCCCCCCGCUUCCUGGCCAGAGGGGCGGACAGACGCUGCCGGGGAAGCCUCCCUCUGCUCUGCCUUCCCGCGAGGAGCCGUGCCCGGCCACAGGGUCUCCCCAGCCCCGAGCGUCUCCUUGGUGCUGAGAACGUCCCGUCCCCAGAGGGCCAAUCUCCUGACUAGGGGCAAAGCAGCCCAGCUUGUCGCUUGGCUCCAUCCCAGCCGUGGCCUCUGCUGGAGCUUGGCGGAGCCUGAUAUCACGAGGGGCCAGACUUAGCCACAACAGCCUGGCCACCAACAUCAACCUCAGGAUUAAGGCAAAAGACAGAGUGGGAAGGAAGCAUGUUCCAGGCCAAGGGACCAGCCAGCGCGACCUCCGCUCACGAGGCGAGGAGCACCCCUGGGGGCAGCGCGGUGCAGCGUUCCAAGUCGUUCAGCCUGAAAGCCCAGGUGAAGGAGAUGUGCGCGGCCUGCCAAAAACCCGUCUACCCCAUGGAGCGGCUGGUGGCCGAUAAAUUCGUCUUCCAUAACGCCUGCUUCUGCUGCAAGCACUGCCAUGCCAAGCUCAGCCUGGGGAGCUACGCGGCGCUGCACGGCGAGUUCUACUGCAAGGCCCACUUCCAGCAGCUGUUCAAGAGCAAAGGCAACUACGACGAGGGCUUCGGGCGCAAGCAGCAUAAGGAGCUGUGGGCGCACAAGGAGGCGGAGAGCGGGACCAAGACGGCGUGAUGGGGGCCCGUUGCCGCCCCGAACCCAGAAGGGGCAACGGGGGGCGUAAAGCUGAACCGAGGGCUGACUGAGCUGCUGUAAAGCAAAGGCGACCCGCAGAGCCGGCUGGGGUCAGGCAGAGGCCGCUUGGCUGCAGGCAGCCCCGGGGCUGGGGUGGGGUGUCCUUUGGCAGGUGAAGGACCUGACUGGGGCGGGAGGGUUCUGGGACCAAGGCUCAGUGGGGACGGUUGGAGGGGGCCGACCUGAAUUGAGCAUAAGCCUUGAGAGCAGGUGCUCGGUGGGAGACGGUCAGGGCUGGCCGGGGCAGAUGGGGUGGUUCCCCUAAUAUCUAUAGGGCCCCCCCUUACAGAAAUCGGGGAAGAGCCACUGGGUGCCCACCAGACGGGCAUGCAACGCGCAUUACCUUUAACCCCCGUCCCCAUUCACGAGGCCCAGGUGUCUGCCGCCCUGGAGAAGGGGGCAGCUGGAGUCCACAGAACCAGUGCCCUGGUGUCAACCCCCCCAACCCCCGUCCUGCCUGCUGGUGCUGGCGGGAGGGGGGAGAAGCGGGGGGCGGGUCGCUCUUUGGGUUGCAGCAGCUCAGGUCAGCUGGGGUUGAUCAGCCGUCACGAUGUUGCCCCGUGCCCGUUUAACGUUGUCUGUCUGGUUUUUCUAUUUGCUGUCGAUUGGUACGUUCUGCACCAGAGCCCGGGCUGGCGGCCCCGGCCACGCGCUUGUUUUGAUUAUUUUUGUAAUACAAGGUUUCUGAGCCUU